ACAAAAUAUUAUCACUACAUGUGUACAAAGAGAGAGAGACAGAGAGAGGUGGGAAAGGGGGAGAUGACAACAACGCCGGCGACGCUGCCGCUGUCGGGAGGGAUGAACGUUCUGAACAAAGGAGCUCAACGGACGGUGCUGAUAACUGGUGUGAGCAGAGGGCUCGGCAGAGCCCUAGCCCUAGAAAUGGCGAAAAGAGGCCACACCGUCAUUGGUUGCGCUCGUUCGUCGGAGAAGCUUAAGUCUCUCCAAAUCGAGCUCUCUUCGGCUUCUCCUUCUUCGCAACCUAACUCCAUUUCUACUUCCUCCUCCUCCGAUGACAGGCACCUUUUCAUGAAUGUCGAUGUGAGGUCUAAUAGCAGCGUGGAAGAGUUGGCUCAUGCGGUGAUGGAAAAGAAGGGUGUUCCUGAUAUCAUAGUAAACAAUGCAGGUACUAUUAAUAGGAACAACAGAAUUUGGGAGGUUCCAGAAGAAGAGUUUGAUUCUGUCAUUGAUACUAAUUUAAAGGGGAUAGCAAAUAUGUUGCGCCACUUCAUCCCUCUUAUGAUUGAAAGUAAGCAAGGGAUUAUUGUCAAUAUGUCAUCUGGAUGGGGCAGAUCAGCUGCCGCACAGGUGGCACCUUAUUGUGCCUCAAAAUGGGCAGUAGAGGGUCUGACUAGAUCUGUGGCAAAGGAGUUGCCCAGUGGACUGGCAAUUGUUGCACUUUCUCCAGGCGUUGUCAACACUGACAUGCUUGUGUCAUGCUUUGGCAGUUCAUCUUCUCUGUACCAGACACCUGAGUCAUGGUAUUUGUGUUUUCACCCUUCUUUGUUGGUACAGUUAUCUUCCCCUUUUUGGCAUCAUAUUUUGGCACCUAAUGAAUGA